UGGAGACAUUUCUUCCAGAAUGGCACUCCGGGAGAAACUGAAAUGUAAAACUUUUGACUGGUAUCUGAAAAAUGUUUAUCCAGCUCUGAAGCCAAUCCACAACAUUGUGGCCUAUGGAAGAAUGAAAAACUCACUGGAUGAAAAUGUCUGCCUGGAUCAGGGACCCACUGCAGGCAACACGCCCAUCAUGUAUUUCUGUAAUAUAAACAGCCCACAGAAUGUCUAUUACCACCUAACUGGGGAAUUCUAUGUGGGAAGUCUGAUUUCAGAGAAAGAUGUUGAUGACAGCUGCCUGACAGACCCUGGCUUUGGGGAGAAGCCCACUUUAGAGCCAUGUUCCAAGGCAGCCAAAAAUAGACUACACAUAUACUGGGAUUUUAAACCG